UGAGCCCCUGGCCCAGGGUGCCCAGAGAAGCUGUGGCUGCCCCAUCCCUGGAGGGGUUCAAGGCCAGGUUGGACGGGGCUUGGAGCAGCCUGGGCUGGUGGGAGGUGUCCCUGCCCAGGGCAGGGGGUGCCACUGGGUGGCCUUCAAGGUCCCUUCCAACCCAAACUGUUCUGGGAUUCGAUGAAAAGAACAAAAUAAACUGCUCUUACUCAUAAAUACGCAGUGAGCAAGAGCUACCUGCGAGAAAGUGCUGUACUCCACAUUUACUUUUGCACUGUUGUAUAAAUGGAUGUAUUUAGUCCCAAGACACUGCUGUCUGAAGUUAUUUGUAGUCUCCUUGGGGGAUACCUUGGCGUUUUAAACUAAUGGAGAAUAUGCUUUAUGGCUUCAGAGCUCCUGUCAUUACUGCAAUGUAACUCACCGACUUCCAUGAAGUAUUGCUGAUUGUCGGAGAUGUAAGCGAAAGAAGAAUUAUGCCCACGCUCUAAAUUUCAAUGUCAGGAAUCUUAAAAGUGAUUUUACCCCUCACGAGAGGUGCCACAUUCUCACAGAUGAGAGAAAUGUCAUGCUCCAUAAUCCUUAAUAUAUUCCAUUUUUACAACACACUUAUUUUAUAUUACUCAUUUUAACCAUACCGAUGAUUUAAAUGCACUUUUACUUUUAAGAAGUAGUAUUAUUCAUUGCUGCUAAUCCCAAAGGAGAUGAAGAGCUCUUGGUGGCUAUGCAAUAAUGCAUCAGAAGGUAAUUAUUUGUUAUAAAAAUGCAGUUAUAGAUGUUUCUUUGAUUUGUAUGUUGGUUUGAUGAUGUCCCACGAAUUCAGAGGGGCCGCUGAAGCAGUGUUUUGUUCUAUCGCUAAGCAGGUUGUUGCUGAGGGACUAGAGGAACUAACAGCUACGCCUUUCUGUGCUGCAGAAUUUUACUGAGCUUGUGAUGGUGCGGCAGCAUCGUCUGCUGUUGAUUUAGUUCACAUCUGGGCGUUAUUGCCCAGAGUCUGACUAUGCCCGCAUCACUGAAUCGCUAAAAACAGGGACUAUAGCAGGAAAGCUGGGCUUUGUACGUUCUCGUGCUGUGUAAAUUAUGAAAGCAAAGGCUAGUCGUUUACGGAGACAGGGGAUUCAUUCCGGCUUCCUGCAAACGAGUUCAUCACUGUCGCUGCGACGUUUAAAGCCCGGGGGAGCCAUGCACAAUUCAGACCUGCUUUGCAGGGCCGCGGGUGAUGGCAGUGAACAAGCACAAGGCUGAAGUCAGAAGGUGCUUGCCCGUGGUGGUGGGGCUCUUUUCCACCCGCCGUGGCUGUGGUUGCGCUUUGCAGAGGUUAAUAGAAAUGACGACUUUAACGUUAGAUCCUGGGUGCUGCGGAGGAAGAUGACCUGGUUCACAGCCUUGCAAACUGUGGCGCGGGCACAACCCAGACGGAGCCUCAGCGCGUCUUCUCCUGGCCGGUGCUGAGCUGACGGGUCUCCGUCCAUGGGCCCAUCUUGGGUCUGAUGUGGCAUAGAGCAGGCGUUGUUUAAACCCGAAGCAACAAAGAGGCUGUGUAACGCUCCAGCUGCCGCCCUGACACAGGAAUGAGUUAUGCUGCAUGUGAAAUCCAGGCAGGACUUAAGAGUUCAAAACAUCCAAUCGAUCCAGAUAAGAACUCAGCGAGCCACUUCCAGAGACUUAUUUAGCCCUCCGUCCUUUUCCAAGCAGAGGUUAUACUGCAAAUUCUGACAAGGGGUGUGGCGUCAUUAGCUGGGAAAAUCCAGGCACAGACAAAUGGAACCAGGAAAGUUCAAUUUUUGACAGCACAAGCGAUCUGGGCAGAGUUCAGCUGAAUGCAGAGAACGGUGCAUAUGUCUCGUACCCAUAUUUCAGGCCGUGUGGGGUUUUAAAGAUCGCAGUUUAAGGCACUAGUGACAGACAGAAAUGACUCAAUUUUUGAGCACAAGUGGGGUAUACCAUACUAAAUGACAGUUUCCUGAGAACGACACCUUGUAUGUCACAAGUUGGCUAAUGUAUUUUCUUCUACAUAGGCUAGGUUUAUUGGUUUGCUUUUAUGAUGACAUGGAACAGAUGGAUUCUGCUGUGGCCCGGGCUUUACUUCAUCAAAUGAUUAAAUGCAAUCAGUUGAGAGGUUUCCAGGCUGAGGUUCAGAAGCUCAAAUCUCAACUCCUGAACAUUGCCAUGCAAAACCAGACGCUGAACGAUGUCCUUGGAUCUCUGUCAGAUGCCGUGGUUGGGCUAACUUCAAGUGAGCUGGAAUCCUUAUCACCUGAAGCGGUGCAUAAUGCAAUCGCAACGUUAAACCAAGUCUCUGGGUGGGCAAAAAGCCAAGCUAUGAUUCUGUCCAGUAAAUACCUCUCUUAUGAAAAGGUUUUAUCGUUUUAUAACGUUAGUCAAAUGGGCGCAUUGGUGACUGGUGUUAGCACCCAGACAUUCUACAGCAUGAACCCAAAGGAGCUUUCUCGGAUUAUUCGAGGCACAACCUCCCAAUACCUAUCUGACUUAUCACCUGCACAGCAACAAGGGAUCCUCAGGAAGAUAGCUGCAUUUGGAGAUUUUUCUUCAUCAGUCAAAUAUAUACAAGGAGCUUUCUUUAAAGACAUAUCUCUUUCUGAUUUAUGGAAACAGACUGGUUAUAAUCCCCCAAUGAUGAAAGAAAAAGAACUAAGAAGAAGCCAGGCUUUGUAUCUGUAUGAAUUACUGUCUAAGAAAAACUCUCCUGUUGACCUUCUAAGCACAGGACACCUUGUGAAAGGAGUAACUUGUCAACUCAUUGAAAGUAUGGGCGCAGACUUUUUUUUGAACAGUUUUAAAAUCUUUGAAAAGAAUCUUCAUCUGCUUUCUCCAUAUCAGGUUAAUUGUUUGGCUUGGAAGUUUUGGAAAGUUUCCAAUGCAUCUAUUCCUCCCUUCCUCUUAUCAGUGCUUCCGACUGAGUACCUGGAGUAUGUCUCGGGCCCUUUGUGCAUCCCUUUCAUUGAAAGCCUGGGGAAGACUGAGAUGGACCUUUUGAAUCCAAGCCUUCGCAAAAAGAACGCUGUCCUGCAGAAAGUGCAGGAGUGCUUGAAUGGCUCCAUUGCUGAUGAAUUUGAUGUUGACCUACUUGGAAAUCUAAUCUGCCACUUACCUCCAGCCUUUCUGCAUGGCAGAAUGUCCCUGAAGGCAAUGGCAACAGCCCUUCCUCAGUUCAAACUCUGCCGCCAGCUCAGCCACCAGCAGAAGACUGAAAUUAAAUACAAGAUCCUCGAGUUCUAUGGCUCCCCAAACAACUGGACAGCUGAAACAACAUCAGAUGUUGGACCACUCAUAGCUCUGCUGUCAAAAGGGGAAUUAAACGUCCUUGCUGAAAAGUUCCCCGAUAUCAUUUUACAAAUAGCACAGACGAUUGGACCGCUGUCUUCAGCUGAAGAGCUUCUCUCAACUGUAUUUGACUCUGUCUCCAAUGGCACAUCCAGCAUCAACUCAUCUCUCACCGGACCCGAUUGCCUGGGAACCAGAGCUCCUUCUUCAGACGAAAUUAUUAAAUUAGUGGAAGCAAAUGUCUUUUGGUCUGUUCAGGAACUGAAAUGCAUGGAUGCAGGGACCUUUGGCAAAAAUGUAGAACUUCUUGGGACCGUCUCAGGUUUUAACAGCUCCCAGCUUAUUGCCUUGAAGGAAAAAGCCAAGCAGGUGUGGGGAUCGCUGCCAGGCUGGAAGAGUUAUCAUAUUGUGUCCCUGGGCCGCAUCGCUCUGGCACUCACCGAGCACGAAAUCGAAGAGCUGGAUUUGCGUUCUGUGGACACCAUUUCUGCACUGGGUCAGCAGAGGGAAUGGACUCCUACCCAGGCAAGAUCUAUUUUGCAAGGUUUUCUGGAAGACUCUGGCCAGACGAUCAGUACGCUAAAAAGCUUUGACUUGGUUGGAUUAGGAGCUAUUCUUUGUGCUUUGAACUCCACAGAAAUCAUGUCCGUAAGGACUGCUGAAUUCAGCGCUGCGGUUGCAAGAGUUGGCCUGUUGUUUUGUAGCAGCCCUGUUCUGCGGCAGUUUAAGAAGAUGGCAGAGUCUGUGUUCGGAACUGCUGCCGGCUGGAACGGCUCUGUUUUACAGGAAAUCGGUACUAUAGCAGGUGGUUUGAAUGAGGAUGAACUGAAAGCUCUUGAUAAAAACUUGAUGCCAUAUUUCCAGCCAACAGCAGUAAGAUGUAUACCUCCUGAAAUUUUCCAAGCACUGUCCCCAGAGCAAAUAGCAAACCUGGGCCCUGAAAACGCCGCUGCAGUUACCAGAUCACAGCGUGAGCAUCUGAAUGGGCCGCAGCUCCAGAGCCUUCAGCUGGCGCUGGAUGGAGCCCAGAGCAGCGCCCCGGAGACAGAGAAGGACGACGGCAUGCCCCAGGUGGGGCAGACCCCGGCCCCCGGCGGUGCUCCUUGUUUGAGUGGCUUCAGCAUCUGGUUGUGCGCUGCACUUACGCUGCACCUGCCUUUCUGAGUCCACGACUGUUAGGCUUGAGUGUCCCGUAGCUUACAGAGGAGACGCUAGAGAUAAAGAGCCACAGCUCAACGUGAGCAGUAGAAUCAAGAGGCUCCGAGAUGCCUGAGUGCAAAGUGGUUCAUUUCUUAACACCUUCGUCUGCCAUCAUGAUGUGAAGUAUCCCUUUUCCCUACCUUUACCAUUAACAAGUUACACAGGAUCCCUCCAAAUACUUCAGACAAAUUUCAGAACUGGAAAUGGCUUAUUUGUCUCAUAAGAAAACCACUGGAAGAUACACUUACGUGCUGGGGAGGAGCCUGAACGACCCAAGGGACACGUGGCAGGCGACUGUGACUUGGAGGCUGAUGCAUUGUACACACCCGGUGCUUUUUACAUCGGCUGAUUUGUUCUCCCUGUGGUAUCCAUCUGUUGGGGUUUCUUCUUGUUUUCUGAGUGUACGUUCCUCCGGACAGAGGCGAUCCUUCUGCGUGACGUAGUAGAAACCGUACUAAAAGUUACUGCUCUUGCAAUAAAAUAACUUCAUCUCCGGGCUGCUGGUUUAAAUCCUGCUCAGAUAAGAAGUGAUGACGUGUUCUUACAGCGUAAGCACCUGUACAAAAUGUAGUUCCCCAUGGCUGUAUGUAUCAACCCAGAACUGUUGACACAGAGGGGAUUGGCAAUACUGUUAGCAUUUCACGCGACAAAACGUGCCAUGGAAACCUGCUUAUGUUCACCAGGAGAUGGUCCCUUCACUUCAGGCGGGGCCGAGGCACUCGACUGCGAGUGGUGAGGGGAAGCUGCUCUCUGGGUCUGCGUACUACUGGGACUGUCAGCACAGCACUUUCCACAAGCUUUGUAAUAACUAAUUUCUCAUAAUUGUAAACCACAAAUAUUUUCAUGUGUUUUAUCAACACAUGGCUUACGUGUCUACUGUUUUCCAUGCCACACCUCAGUAUU